GCCUCCGGAGCCUUCCGCCGGGGCGGGGCAGCGCCGGGCGCCCGCGUGCGGGGCCGGUGCCGGUGCCGGUGCCGGUGCGUGAGCCCCCGCCAUGCCCGAGCUGCUGCCGGCGCAGGAGGCGGCGCGGAUCUACCACACCAACUACGUGAGGAACGCGCGGGCCAUGGGGCUGCUCUGGGCCCUCUUCACCCUCUGCUUCUCCAUCCUGAUGGUCGUGACCUUCAUCCAGCCGUACUGGAUCGGUGACAGCAUCGACACGCCGCAGGCCGGUUACUUCGGCCUCUUCUCCUACUGCAUCGGCAACGCGCUCACCGGGGAGCUCAUCUGCAAGGGCAGCCCCCUCGACUUCGGCACCAUCCCCUCCAGCGCCUUCAAAACAGCCAUGUUCUUCGUAGGCAUCUCCACUUUCCUCAUCAUCGGCUCCAUCCUCUGCUUCAGCCUCUUCUUCUUCUGUAACGCAGCCACUGUCUAUAAGGUCUGUGCCUGGAUGCAGCUGGCAGCAGCUACUGGGCUGAUGAUUGGUUGUCUGAUCUACCCUGACGGCUGGGACUCAACCGAGGUGAAGCGCAUGUGUGGGGAUAAGACGGACAAGUACACACUGGGUGCCUGCACUGUCCGCUGGGCCUACAUCCUCUGCAUCAUCGGCAUCCUUGAUGCUCUCAUCCUUUCCUUCCUGGGCUUUGUCUUGGGGAACCGACAGGACAACCUCCUCCCAUCCGAUUUUAAAGUGGAAAAUAAAGAAGAAGAAAACCACUAACAGAGCUACUCACCAUGGACACCCAGAGCUCAACUUCCAUCAGCCCUUCUCUUUAAAGUGACUUUUCCAAGAGCCUCAAACUUACUGCUGUGGAUUUCUACAAUUGCUCUUCCUGCCUGGCUCAGAGCACCCCGGAGCUGCUUUGACAGAAAAGCCCAAACUGGACUCAGGUUUUAGCUUCUGGAGUCCACCAGCAAACCUGGCAAGAGGGGAGGGAUGGUGAUUUGUUGCUGCUUGGGUUUUGUAUACCUUCUUUCAAGGAAAUCGAUUCCAAAUUAAAAAGAA